GUACACACGAUUAUAGCAGCAAUAAUCUCAACGCAUCCAAUACAUCCAUUGGUGCUCAGCCGCAAGACACCCAACGUGAAACUGUUGAUAAUGCAGAGCAAAUAGACAUUGAAGGUGAAGAGGCUAUAAGAAGAUACAAAAAAGCAGUUAUAUGUGUGGAUGAAACGGAUUACAAUUCGAUCAGAGCAAAAGCUUUUCAAUAUUUGGGAAAGAUACUUACUGAACAUUUCGAGUAUAAGAAAGCAAUCGAGUAUUAUAAGAAGGCACGUAAAAUAUCCCCAGGCUUUGAGGCAGAUAGGUUGGAAGUAGAAGCAUACGAAUGGUUAGGCUAUAACCACCUGCAAGUUGGUCACUACCAAGAAUGUAUUGAGUAUUACAACGAACUGGUAAAACUUGCAUCGCAGCUUAGUGACGAAAACAGGAAAAUUCACGCUUACCUGGGAAUAGGAAGUGCAUUUAAAAAUACUGGCGACCUUAAAUCAUCUCGAAAGUAUUACGUAGAAGCUUUGACAGUAGCCAAACAGCUUAAUGAUGCAAGACUCGAAAGAGAAGCUCAUAUAAAGUUAGGACAUGUUUACUACGAGUGUGGUGAAUUUGAUGCAGCUCUCAAAUCGUAUCUCAAAGCUCAAGAGAUAUCUCGUAGUGAGAAAAAAGUACCUGUACGUGGUCAAUCUUUGCCUGGGCUAUUUUAUCUCUAUGGUAGACAAGGACAAGAUCGGUUUCUGCACCGGGUGAUUUCUCGUGUUCUUGAUAGCAGAAAAGAUGUAGCAAAUAUUUCGAUCGGUUUCAUGCUUGGAAACACCUUCCAACAAUUGAAGCAAGAGGAGAAAGCAAUUGAAUCUUAUCAACAAGCCAUAAAUAUUAGUAAAGAAUUAAAAGAUAAAGAAAUGCAAAUGAUCGCAAAGCAGAGAUUGGGAACUUCUUGUUUAACUUUGGCAUCAGUUUGUAGUAAAGAUCGUGAUUACGAGACGGCCGUAAGAUGGUACAAAGAAGCAUUAGAUGCUUUUGGAACAGAACCCAAUAAUUGCCUCCUGCGAGAAAAGGCCCUUACUGGGUUGGGAGUUGCCUGGUUUAAUCUCGGAUGUACUGAAAAGGCAAUUGAGUCGAUUCAAGACGCUCAAAAAUGUGCUAUAAAGGAAGCAGACACAGGUAUUUAUUUCAGAUGA